AGGGAUUCCUGGCGUCACCCCCUUCUUCGAUGAUGUACUGAUCGCCGGGCCCACACCAGAGGAAUUUGAGGACCGCCUCCGCUCCGUCCUGCACCGUUUCCAGACGGCGGGCCUCAAGGUGAAGCGGGAAAAGUGUUUACUGGGAGUGCCGCAGGUGGACUUUCUGGGAUUUAAGGUGGACGCAGAAGGGGUCCAUCCAACCGGUGACAAGGUACGGGCCAUUUGUGAGGCCCCAGCGCCCAAGAGCAAGCCCGAACUUCAGUCAUUCUUGGGACUAUUGAACUUUUACCAUGCCUUCCUUCCUCAUAAGGCAGCGGUAGCGGAGCCCCUACACAGACUCCUAGAUAAAAGGGCCCCUUGGGUGUGGGGCCAGCGACAAAGGGCCGCAUUCCAGGCAGUCAAGGACUUGCUCGUCUCGAACUCGGUCUUAGCACACUUCGACGAGAGGCUGCCAGUGGUGCUGGCAUGCGACGCCUCUCCCUAUGGCAUCGGCGCUGUCCUGGGACACCAACUCCCGGAUGGAAGAGAGGUGCCGGUGGCAUACUUCUCCCAGACGCUUGCUGCAGCCGAACGAAACUACUCACAGAUUGACAAGGAGGGUCUGGCAAUCGUGAAGGGCGUAAAAAAAUUCCAUGAUUUCUUGUACGGGCGGCCCUUUACCAUAGUGACUGACCACAAGCCGUUGCUUGGCCUGUUUGCCCCUGAGAAGCAGACCCCCCAAGUGUUGUCUCCACGUGUCCUCAGGUGGUCAAUUUUCCUUGCCGGCUACCAGUAUGCACUAAUCCACCGCCCUGGGAAGGCGAUGGGCCACGCAGACGCCCUCAGCAGGCUACCACUACCAGAAACAGGCCCCGACCCAGCGCCUGCGCAAGAGGUUAUGACCCUGGAGCUGCUUCCCGACCGACCCAUUCAGGCACAAGAAGUUGCGCACCAUUCCACAAAAGAUAGGGUCAUCUCCCGGGUCCUGGACUGGGUGUGGCGAGGAUGGCCCAGCAGCAGCCCCGGGCCAGAAUUCGCUGGCUACACAAACCGCAAACAUGAACUGUCGGCCCACAAGGGGUGCCUGUUAUGGGGAAGCAGGGUUGUUGUUCCCCAGCCCCUCCGCAAAAGGGUCCUCACAGCCCUACACGAGACACACCCAGGGGUAGUGAGGAUGAAGGCCCUUGCCAGGAGUUAUGUGUGGUGGCCGGGGAUUGACAGAGAGAUAGAGGCCUGGGUCCAACACUGCCAGACCUGCCAAGAAUCCCGCCCGGAUCCCCCAAGGGCCCCAGUCCAGCCCUGGGAGUCCGCCCGACAUCCAUGGUCACGCUUGCACGUGGACUUCGCUGGCCCCUUCCAGGGAAAAACAUUCUUCAUAGUGGUGGAUUCCUACACCAAAUGGCUGGAGGUCGCACUGGUACCAUCCACUUCUACGGCGGCAGCCAUCCGGGUACUACGUAAGCUGUUUGCGACCCACGGGCUCCCUGACACCCUCGUCUCGGACAAUGGAACCGCAUUCACGUCAGAGGAGUUCCAGACCUUCACAGCGCAGAACGCCAUCCGCCACAUCCGCUCAGCACCAUUCCACCCUGCCACCAAUGGCCAAGCGGAGCGCAUGGUGCGGACCACCAAGGACAGCCUCCGCCGCAUGACACAAGGGGACUGGGAAUACCGCCUUGCCGCAUUUCUUCUAGCACAGCACAGCACCCCAAGCACAACGACGGGCCGGAGCCCAGCUGAAUUACUAAUGGGCCGGCGCCUUGCAACUAGACUGGACCGACUUCACCCCGACAGAGCUCAGGAUGAGGUAGUGGUGGGGAAAGGCAGGAACCCCCGGACAUUUGUGGCCCAGGACCCAGUGUAUGCAAAGAAUUUUGGGGCAGGCCCAGCAUGGGUACCCACCACAGUCACCAAGGUGACCGGUCCCGUGUCGUACGAGGUACUAACGGAAGGGGGGCAAUGUUGGCGCCGCCACUGCGACCAGCUACGACGACGAUUCCCAGGAGGAACCCGGGAGGAGAGCGGGACAGAGGGGUCCCAAGGGGACAGCAGGGCAGUGAGGCCUGUAGAGCGAGAG